AUGUCAAAGAAAAGAACAUUUCCCUUUAAUGAUGUUGUUGUAUUAGAAGUAAAUUAUGUUGGACCUACUUCUAUGAGACUAAAUACUCCUGAAAUUAUAGAUUCAGAUGAAGUUAGAAAACUUUUUACAGAAUCAAAAUCUAUAAUAUAUCAUAGAAGAGAUUAUAUUGAUAAUAAUGAUAGAGAAAAAUUACUUGAAACAAAUAUAGAUGCUACACUAAAUAUGGUUGGUGAGAUCAGAUCAGUAGGAUAUGUUGAUGCUAAAAUAACAUUAAUUCCAACAAAACAUGUAACAGCAAAAACAUAUCCACAAAAUAAAUUACUUGAAAUUGCAGCAAACCAACAUGCAAUAAUAUAUAGAUCUUCUCAUCCUGGAUUAUCAGGAAUAGAUCGUUAUCCUCAUUUAAACAAAUCUUUUGAUAUGAAUUAUUAUAUUCCAAAAUAA